AUGUCAAAUCGAAUCGGAUCGCUAGUGUUUUGUUUGGAUUGUGGAAAUUUAUUGAACGUACCUGGAUCUGAAGAUUAUCUAUCAUGUGAUCAAUGUGGCAAAAUGGAACUAUCAAAUCGUCAGUCAAAAAGCUUAAUUCAUAUAUCAACUUAUCUCUCAAAACAAAAACUACAAGAAGGUUUAGAAAUCAUCACUCGUUCUCAAUCAAAUGCAUUUCCAUCAAGUCUAAGACAAAAGAGAGCCCUUGUGCAAUCUCAUUUGACUACUAAUGAAGAUCAAGAUCAAGGAAAAGCUGCACCUUUAAUGGAUGAAAUUUGUCCUAAAUGUUCAAAUCCUCAAAUGAAAUAUCAUACAUUACAGCUUAGAUCAGCAGAUGAAGGUACAACUGUUUUUUAUGAAUGUCCAAAAUGCGGUCAUAAGUUCUCGACCAAUAAUUGA